GAGGCGCUGCGGCCGCCGCGGCGGCUCCCAGAGCUGUCGCGGGCCGGGGCGGUUGGACUGGCUGCUGAUUCUCGUGGCCAUGGAGUGGGGUUCGGAGUCGGGGGCCGUGAGGCGGCACCGCAUCGGAGGGGAGCGCCGGGACGGCCCGGCGGCCGCGCAGCAGCCGGAGAGGGAGGCCCUGGCGCAGGAGCCCCUGGCGGACGCGUGCGGCGGCGGCGCAAGGACGCGGAAGCGGAGCGGGGAGGGGAGCGGCGGCGGCGCGAGCCGGGGCGCGGGGACCGCACUGUCUGAGGCGCGCGCCGCGCUGGGGCUAGCGCUCUACCUGCUCGCGCUGCGGGCGCUCGUGCAGCUCUCGCUGCAGCAGCUCGUGCUCGGCGGGGCGGCUGUGGGCCGCCAGGGAGAGUUCGACGCGCUCCAAGCCAGGGAUUAUCUUGAACAUAUAACAUCCAUUGGCCCCAGGACUACAGGAAGUCCAGAAAAUGAAAUUCUGACAGUACAUUACCUUUUGGAACAGAUUAAACUGAUUGAAGUUCAAAGCAACACCCUUCACAAGAUUUCAGUAGAUGUACAACGGCCCACAGGCUCCUUUAGCAUUGACUUCUUGGGAGGGUUUACAAGCUACUAUGACAACAUUACCAAUGUUGUGGUAAAGCUGGAACCCAGAGAUGGAGCCCAGCAUGCUGUCCUGGCUAACUGUCAUUUUGACUCAGUGGCGAAUUCACCAGGUGCCAGCGAUGACGCAGUUAGCUGUUCAGUGAUGCUGGAAGUCCUUCGUGUCUUGUCGACAUCUUCAGAAGCCUUAUAUCAUGCGGUCAUAUUUCUCUUUAAUGGUGCUGAGGAGAACGUCUUGCAAGCCAGUCAUGGUUUUAUUACCCAGCACCCCUGGGCCAGCUUGAUCCGUGCGUUUAUUAACUUGGAGGCAGCAGGUGUAGGAGGGAAAGAACUUGUAUUCCAAACAGGUCCUGAAAAUCCUUGGCUGGUCCAAGCUUAUGUCUCAGCAGCUAAACACCCAUUUGCUUCAGUGGUGGCUCAGGAGGUUUUCCAGAGUGGAAUCAUUCCUUCAGAUACUGACUUCCGGAUCUACAGGGAUUUUGGGAACAUUCCAGGAAUAGACUUAGCUUUUAUUGAGAAUGGAUACAUUUAUCACACCAAGUAUGAUACAGCGGACAGAAUUCUAACAGAUUCCAUUCAGAGAGCAGGUGACAACAUUUUAGCAGUUCUUAAAUAUCUAGCUACAUCUGAUAUGUUGGCUUCUUCUUCUAAGUAUCAACAUGGAAACAUGGUCUUCUUUGAUGUGCUUGGCCUGUUUGUCAUCGCCUACCCGUCUCGUGUUGGCUCAAUAAUUAACUAUAUGGUGGUAAUGGCUGUUGUUUUAUACCUGGGAAGGAAAUUACUGCAUCCCAAAUAUAAAACUGCUACCUACACAAAGGACUUCUUCUGUGGACUUGGCAUCACUCUGAUAAGCUGGUUUACCAGCUUGGUUACAGUUCUCAUUAUAGCAGUAUUCAUCUCCCUUAUUGGACAAUCCCUCUCAUGGUAUAACCACUUCUAUGUCUCCGUUUGUCUGUAUGGAACUGCAGCUGUAGCCAAAAUAAUAUUCAUACAUACCCUUGCAAAAAGAUUUUAUUAUGUGAACGCCAGUGGCCAGUACCUGGGAGAAGUAUUUUUUGAUGUCUCGUUGUUUGUACACUGUGGGUUCCUAACAGCUCUCACUUACCGGGGGCUCUGCUCUGCAUUUAUCAGCGCUGUCUGGGUGGCAUUCCCGCUGCUCACAAAGCUUUGCGUGCAAAAGGACUUGAAGCAGCAUGGUGCCGGAGGAAAAUUUAUUGCCUUUUACCUUUUGGGGAUGUUUAUUCCAUAUCUGUAUGCACUGUACCUCAUCUGGGCCGUAUUUGAGAUGUUUACCCCUAUCCUUGGCAGGAGUGGUUCGGAAAUUCCACCUGACGUUGUGCUAGCCUCUGUUUUGGCUGGUUGUACCAUGAUUCUCUCAUCCUAUUUUGUAAGGAAAAAGAUUAACUUCAUCUACCUUGUCAAAAGCACAAAAAGAACAAUGCUAAGUUUAACUUUGGUAUGUACAGUUACAUUCCUCCUUGUUUGCAGUGGAACUUUUUUCCCGUACAGCUCCAACCCUGCCAGUCCAAAGCCUAAGAGAGUGUUUCUUCAGGCUUGUUCUUCUCAGCAUAUAACCAGAACGUUUCAUGGUCUGGAUGGAAACGUAGUUAAACGGGACUCUGGAGUGUGGAUCAAUGGAUUUGAUUAUACCGGCAUGUCCCACAUAACACCUCACGUUCCCGAAAUCAACGACACCGUCCGAGCUGACUGUGAGGAGAGUGCCCCGCUCUGUGGCUUCCCCUGGUAUCUGCCUGUGCACUUCCUCAUCAGGAAAAACUGGUAUCUUCCUGCCCCAGAAGUUUCUCCAAGAGAACCUGCUCAUUUCAGACUUGUAUCCAAAGAACUGACACCCUGGGAUUCCAUAAAGCUGACCUUUGAAGCAACAGGACCAAGCCACAUGUCCUUCUAUGUCCGAACCCACAAAGGGGCUACGCUUUCUCAGUGGUCCCUCGGCAACGGCACCCCAGUCACAAGUAAAGGAGGGGACUACUUUGUCUUUUAUUCCCAUGGACUUCAGGCCUCCGCAUGGCACUUCUGGAUAGAAGUACAGGUCUUGGAAGAACAGCCUGAAGGAAUGGUCACUGUGGCCAUUGCUGCCCACUAUUUUUCUGGGGAAGACAAGAGAUCCUCCCAGCUGGAUGCUCUUAAAGAGAAGUUCCCAGAUUGGACAUUUCCCUCUGCCUGGGUGUGCACCUAUAAUCUCUUUGUAUUUUGAUCUUGUGGAUGAGCUCUAAGUACAUGUCCAGUGGGAUUACUCCAUGUGGCAUGGUUUCUCCUUAUGUUGCAUGGACGGCUGUAUGUAAGUCAGUGAAUUUUAACGAGCAUAUGUUCAAAGAGCUUUGUGGGCUAACACUCUUCAGGGCUGAGCAUGAUCUAUAAUGGUUACACUGUGGAGUAGAGUGCAUGGCCCUUUUGACACUUGAAAAUACCAGUUUUCUGGCACCUAAGCACACGUGGGUACUACACACAUAUAUCAUUUUAUAUGACCUAACGAUAAAAGCCAGCAAACCAGUUUUAUUAGUUGAGCCCUUAGGAUCAAGAAAGAUGCAGAAGGUACUGUAAAUCCCUUGUUAAUGAGACAAACGACAUUUCCAGUUAAAGCCCAAGACUAUUUUUUGGUGUGUGUCAGUAGAUGGUAGGUAAAGUGUCACAGGAGUUAAUGAUAGGUCAUAAGAAAUUGAGAGGAAGACUGGCUUCUGAGGCCCCAGCCUGUGCCGGGAGCUGUGCUGCUCCAGGCAGUCUUCGGAGUGUGCCUGGCACUAGGGCUCGGAGGCCCUAGCACUCCGAUGUGGAAACCUGUAUUGAAGUGGCGGCUCCUGUCCUUCAGACGCGUGGUCACUAAGAUCCAUUAUUGGGAUGCUUUUCUGAGGUGGUUUUCAAUAGCUGUUUCCUUCUGGGGUUUCGAGGCUCUUUUUUUUUAAGAAUCUUGUUAUCCAAGGUUAAUCCUUCAGGGCAUAAUAUUAUUGAUGCACUGGGUCCUUGUUUUCUAGCCAACUGAGCAGGUUAGUCUCUCAGUAACUCACUGUGUCUGGCAGAGCUGGCUUCCCUGAGACCCGAGCCUGUGGCUUGCACUGGAGUGUCCUUCUGUAACUGUCCUCACAGCUGUCGGGGUUUAGGUCCUGCACAACAGCAGCUCUAGGACUUAGGCUGCUUUUCAUGUUGAGGAGGAUGGCUGUUGGCUCCAGCAGUGGAAGAGUUUGGUGAGAGCAAUGGUAAAUUCUGCUGGCUUUCUUUUUUUCCAUUAAAAAUACAAAAAGUUAGUUUUUGUUUUUAGCAAGUCUAGGCUAAAAAAAACCUUUUUUUUUUUUUUUUUUUUUUAAAGAAAAGCCAUAGU